GUAAUGGUCAAAGGGUUGAUUUAUUCCACUCUUCAGUUGGAUUUACCUCAGUAAACCUGGAUAGCAGUUAUGAAGAGAAGUCUUCUUCAAAAAUCCAGAUGGGCAGAGAGACGGUCAACUGUGGUUUAUGCGGUGCGCUCAGCCACACUGGGCUCCUGGAGGAUGCUCACCCUGGGGGCGGAGUAUGAGGACACCUGGGCUCUGUCACCUGACCAGAGGGGCCGCCCGGGUCUCCAGCAGGCAGAGGGAGAGCAGGGGCCUGUGGAGGGGGAAGACACCGGUUUUGGAGAUCCGGAGGGGCCGGUGUGGAGAGCGGACACGGCGCAGAAGUAUGACACGGUGUUACACCUGGACGACGCGAGCAGAGCGGGAAGAGGAGACGGUGUGCGUCAGAUAGUCCGGAAGCACGAGACGCUGAACAACACGCCAUGGCCUCGCAGGAUGCCUCGCUUCGCAGAAGAUCUGCCCACCCGCUAUGGAGGAGGCGCAGGCGGUGGAGGGAGAGGCGGACCGGGCGCCGGGAGAGGGGGAGCCCGGGGUGGCGGCGCUCCGGGCGGCCAGAGGGUGUACAAGCAGUCGAUGGCCCAGAGAGCCCGGACAAUGGCCAUAUACAACCCGAACCCUGUCAAACAAAACUGCUUCACUGUCAACCGCUCCCUCUUCAUCUUCCGCGAGGACAACCUUAUCAGGAAGUAUGCAAAGCGGAUAACAGAGUGGCCAUAUCCUUUCUGA